AUGACAUUCGGUUGGAUGGCGUACGCUUUCAAAUGCUAUCAACUAAACCAACAAGCUGUAGGUAUCCCAUUAGGAAAUGGUGCUUAUAUACCAUACAAUGAUGAAGCACAAAAGCAAAUGGAACAAAAGUAA